UUGAUUUGAAAGGAUUAAAUGUAGAUAUUAUUGACUUUAAUUUUAGAAGAUUAGUCCUUGUUUGGUUUUUUUGAUUAUCUGCCUAUAGAUAUCCUAGAAGAUGGAAGAGUUGGAAUUGGAUAUUGCAAAGUUGAAAAGGAGUUUAAUUUGUGAAAUCUGUGUGGGACUCUUUGGAUCACCGUUUAUGCUUUCUUGCGGACAUGUUUUCUGUUAUGGCUGUAUUCUUGAUUGGUUAUUUCAUAAGCGUACUUGUCCUACUUGUAGACAUCCUCUUUCUCAGAGUCCUUCAUUUGCAUAUCUUGUUCAAGAAAUGGUAGAUGUAUUUGUUCAUCGAAUGGAAGCAUCAGAUCCUGAAGGAGAAGGAAAACAUGUAAAAAAACAUCAAGAGGAUCAGCGUAAGCGGAUGGAGGAGAAUAGGGAUAAUCUUUUUUUUGAUCUUUUUGUUGAAACGAAAUUUACAAGUGUUUUAUGUGAUCGUGAAGAUGGAGUUAUGCGAUGUAUGCGAUGUUAUUGGGAGAUAGAGGGCACUGUGUGUGCACAUUGUGGGUUUCAAUUUUCUGAUGAGGAAGUUAGUUCUUUAAAUGAUUUUUCUUAUUCAGAUCUGCAUGUGGCUUCUGAAUUACAUGACCAAGAUUCUUUAUACCAAGAUAGUAUUUGCUCUGAACCUGAUGAUUAUGACUAUGAUGAUCCUUUUAUUGAUGAUAGACCAACAGAUGAGAUUGAACGUGAUUUAUCUAUUGAGGAAAUUAACGAUUCUAAGGAUUUAUUAGAGCAAUCUUUUUCUACUCUUUAUUCUGAUACAGCAGAGGAUAAGGGGUUUGAUGAAAUAAGUUAUGAUUCUUUAAUUGAAAAACAUGAACGACGAUCGAAAAAGUCUAAAAAACGUGGGAAAAAUGUAUCUUUAGGCACGCAGAGGUCUAUAAGUCAACUAAUUUUACUUGAUUCUGAUGAAAAUGUAAAUAUUCAUGAAAAUAGUUCUACUUUAUCAAAUUCUCGUUCGGAUCUGGUUUCAUUUCCCGAAAAACGCAACGAAAAAUUACGUUAUAUAGAUCUUUCUUCUAAUUCUUCGAAAUAUCAAGAAACAUAUCCUUCUAAUUCUAAUCAUGAUAUUAUUAAUGAAUAUUUAAGUGAUGAUUUCUCAAUAUCCUCUUUACAAAAAUACCAAUUCCCCAGGAAACAAUGUAGCAAAACAAGGAAUCGUUGUAGAAUAAUUAAUAUUCCAUCAAGCGUUAAUGAUUCUGAUUAUAAUGAGUAA